UGUUCCGGCCGCUCCGCUCGCUCCCUGCCCGCUGCCUCCCGCUCCCAGCGGCCCGGUGCCGCCGGAGGUUCGGUGCCGGGAGCGGAGCGGAGCGGCCGAGCCCCGCCAUGAAGAAGCAUCACUCCGUGCAGGGCACUUUCAGCCGCCUCUUCGGCAAGAAGCACGGCACAGCCGCCGCUUCGCUCUUCGCUACCAACCCGCCUUGGAUCUUCAGCCAGGAGGUGACCUCCGACAGCGCGGGCGGCACCGGGGAUGUGAUCGAAGUGUAUUAUGGUGACAAUCGCUUUGGGACGAUGACCGACUCCGGAACCGCAACGUUGAAGCCUCGUCCCAGAGUGCGGCCGCUGCUGACAUUCCUGCCCCUGAAUGCCCAGGAAUCUCAUGGGGUGGCUGUGCCAACACCAUCAGUGCCGGAUGACUUUGAGGAAAAGGCAGCUCCUGGCCCUGGCUCCCAGAUGAACGGGAACUACCGAAUGUACAGCUCGGUGGGGGACCUGCGCCCACAGGCUCUUGAGAGGGAAGACGAGGAUGAGGACAUCCCUCCACCACCAUCAGUGCCCCCUCCACCCCCUCCAACAGCACAGGUGCUCACGCCACCACCUCCAGCCCCACCAGCUCCUCCACCACCAGAAGCACUGCCACCACCACCGCCGCUGCCACCACCUGAGGCAGUGCCACCACCCCCCGCCGUGGCACCUCCACCACCCCCAGAGCCCACCCUGCCCUCCCCCACCACGCCAGCACCUCCAGACUUCAUCCCGCCGGCCCCUCCGCUCAGCAAGGCUCCUGCACCCUUCAGCAAUGGCAUCUCCAAGUGGAAAUCUGAGACAGUGCUGAACACGAGGCAGGUGGAUAACGAGGGGCCGCUCUGUCCUGCUGAGACCAAGGUGCCGGCUGCCCCCGAUACAGAGGAGAGCCCGCAGCCCCCUAAGCAGUGCCCUGAGCCCCACCUCACCUUCCCCAGGUCCUUCAAGGUGCCCCCGCCUGCCCCAGCCCGAUCCUCCUCCAUCCCCAUGCAGGAGAGCCAGCCCUCCCGCAUCGAGCCCUUCACCCGGCAGCCCCACGCACGGCCUCCCCUCCCUCCCUGCUUCACCAUCAGACCCGCAGCCAAAGCUCAUGCGGGAGAAGCCAAGGAAAGAAAUCCGCCUUUGAGACAGCCCAUCACCAAGGCAGCCCCUCCGCCGCUGAGCCCCAAGCCAGGUGCUGUGCUCAGCAGCCGGACCGCAGUGCCCAGCUCAGAUCCAAAGAACCUCCAGGCAAAAACAGACACCAGAGACUCUCCUCCAAAAUCUGAAGUUAUCACUGCAAACGAUCUGGAGCUGCCCCCUCCGGACUACCCGCUCAGUGAGGACAGUUGGAAGGAUCCCAGCAGCCUGAGCCAGCUGCAGCAUGAGCUGUCAGCCCUGCUGCGCUCCCCCAGGAGGGAUGAGAGGCAGCCAGAAGGGCCAGCAGCCCCCCAGCCCGUAAAUGGCAGCACCAACCAUGCUGGUAGCCAUGGGCCUGAUGGAGCCAGGCUUGUUGGAAGAGCUUUGUCAUCACCUACAGGAGAGGAGAGAGAGAGGAGAGAGGGGCCUGGGAGCAGCCCCAGUACCACGGGGGGACAACCUGGUGCAUCACAACCAGCUGUGGAAAGCAGCCCUACUGCGCAGCCCCACAGCGUGAAGAAGAUCAGGAGUGAGCUGGAGGCUGUGUUCUCCCUGAAGAAGGAAAGGAAACCAGUCCUGGGGCUCAGUGGUGAGAAGCAGAGCCCUGAGGAUGGUGGCAGUGCCUCACGUUCAGGGUUGAGUCCUCCUGAGCCGGGUGACACCGUGCUGCCAAAACCAGCCCUGAGCUCACUGCCAGCUCCAGCAGCUGCUGCAGUUGUGGAGAAGACAACAGAGCAGGAGAAGCAUCCUGCUCCCAACAUCCCUGCUGCUAACAAGGCCAUGGAGAGCUCAAGCCCUGCUCCCCGCUCCUCUGACAGCAGUGUGAGCCCCCCAGGCCCACCUCAGAGAGCAGCGGAGGAGCCACCAGCCCCCCUGAUCCCAUCACCCCCGAUUUCCCCAGCACCGCAGCCCAACACCAACAUCUUCCAGUACAAAGUGCACCGGGCUGGGGCUGGUGAAGCUGAGCCUGCCUGCCCCCCGAGUUCGGCCAGCAGCCCGCCAGGAGUCCUGGGCGCAGGGCAGGAAGAGGUGCUGAUCCACCCGGUGACAGGAGAGCGGGUAGAGCGGGGCUCUCCCAUGGCACUGCUGCUGGCAGCCCGGCAGCGGGCACAGCGGGGCCGCCAGGGCAGCGAUGCGGGAGGUCCGCCAAGAGCCAGGCCACACACCAAAUUUGGCAGCAGCGCAUCGGAAACCACCUCCAGCACCAGCUUCUACCGCCACGAAUCCAAGCCUUACUCCUUCACCGUGGUGCCCCGGCCCUCGGCAGCACAGAGCAGGCCGCCGUCUUUCUCCAGUUCCUCAGAGCAGGGCCAGGCGGUGGGCAAUGGGCAGCACUCCGGGCAGCAGCGGCCUGCAGCCUCCAGCCUGCUGCGGGGUCUGCUGGAGCAGGGGCAGCCAAAGCACCCCGACCCUCCCCGCCACACCGUGUCUGGAGAGGAGGAGGAGAACGGGGAGGCGGUGCUGGACUACACCAUCAUCCCCCCGCCCCCCGAGUUCAGCAAUGAGGUGGAUGAGGUUGAUGGCAUCCCGCAGAGCCGUGAAGAGAACCACAAGUGCCCCAGCUUCCCUGACUGCAGCCGGAGCUCCGACGCACCGCGGUACUUCAGGUGGCCUGGCUACGGCCGUAGUUAUGGCUAUGGGAGCAGCCAGGAGCCCUCGGAGCACAGCAGGAGGAAUGGUGACCUGGCACCCCCGUGCCCAGAUUACAGCAGCACCGCCGGUUAUCACAACCGAGGGCCGAGCAGCCGCCCGCUGAUCAAAAAGCGGCUCUACGUCUCCGAGCCUGAACACUCCCACCCCAGAGCAGCCGCCCGGGGCACGGGGCUCCCAUCCUAUGGCUCUGGGGCGUACAGCUCCUCAGCUGGGGAUGGGGCCCGGCGCCUCAGCUCUGCCCACUGGAACGGCCCUGGUGCUGCGCAGGGCAGGCGCACGUCCAUCGAUUCAGCUGGGAAAGCCGGGCCAUACGGCGGGGCUGACGCCAAGUACAAGGGGCAGAAUGGGGACUUCUUAGUAGCUGGCAGACCUGCCCACGGCAGCUCGCAGUAUGGUGGACCCACCAACACCUUCACGGUCAGACCCGGGGCACGGCAGCCCAUCUCCUACACCUACCAGAGUGGGCACCGAUAGGCUCAUCCAUAGGGCUGCUCCACUGCCUUCGUCCUUCUGCUGGGAAGAGGCAACGAGGUGCGUGGUUGUUGGAGGUUUUCUCCACCUGGCCAGCAAACACUGCUCAACACUGCUGAGGAUGAAUGUGGAGAGCAAACCUGGGACUUGGACUCUUCAAAAAGACUGUCAUGGAGCAUAGUUACUGCAGACCAGCUACUGUUAUGUGAGCAAAGAUGUUUUUCUUUCUCUUCUUCCCUCUGCCCCAGUAUUAUUUUCAAAUUUGCAGCCUGAUAGGUCUUCUAAAAUGCAAAAGACCCUUAGUUUAAAGAUCGUUACUGGAGAGAUUGGGGUUUUUUUUGUUUGUUUGUUUAAUCGUGCUUGGGAGUGGGGAGAAGCCAAAGCUGGAGAUGUGUGUAAUGGAAGCAAGCCAGUAUGUAUCUGAAUUUAGGGGAAUUAAGAAUGUGAGGUCAAUUGGAUAGAAAUAGUUUAGGAUGCCUGCAUCGCCGCCCCCUCAGCCUUGAGUGAACCCAUUACACUGAUGCCUUAAGCCAGCUCAUGCUCUCAGUGCCCAUCUCCAGGGCUGGGAGCAGCUGUUCUGCAAGCACAGCCCUUGCUUUCCCACUCCUUUUGGUGCCUGCACCUUUGUGUUGCUGGUUCUUUGUCAUGGGAGACUGCAAGGCCUGGCUGGGUGGCAGUGAAGCAUGUUGGCAACGUGAGAUCUUUGAUCUAGGGGAUGAAUAAGCUAAGUUUUGGUGUAACUGUAAAGUUUUUGACACUCCGGGGUGUGGUGUACCUGAGGGACCUUUCUCCAGCUGUUUCCAUCAGCACCAUGGUGGAUGCUUUGGUGCAGAUCUGUGUGAUGGGAGAGGAGAGUGGUCUGAAAGAGGGUAUUUCACACUGCGGUCAGCUGUAGUGAGAGUGUAUUAUUCUGAGGUUUUGAAUAGUUAACUUCCAGAAGUUAGAAGCAAAUCUUCCUCCCAGGUAAAAUUGCUGCAAAUCACUGUAAGAUAGGUGUAAAAACUUGUAGAGAGUAUUUUCUAAUCGCUGACAAACUAAAAGCACUUUGAGACACGAGUCUACCUUUAUUGAAAGCACUUUCUGUUCUCAAUGUCAUACAGUAUCAUUAGUUCCAUUCAAGCUUAUUCUGCUUUGUGUUGCGAGUAGAUUUUGCUCUACAAUUAGACUCAAAACUGGGUGAUAAGUUUUCCCCUCACAGUGCAGAUUUCAGAAGUUAUCUUUAUUAAUGUCACGCUGUUGACAUUCUGUUUUACAUUAUUUCCAGCUCUACCUAAUAAUUUAACAGCUGUUUCGAACGCUGCAGAGGCUUCGAAGUAUUCUGAACUUUACUUUGCUGUGAAUGAAAUGAGAACGCAAAUACCAUAAUCAGCCUAAUAGCUAAUUCAUAGGAUGUUUUUAUGCCAGUAACUCACAGUGACUUGGAAUGCUUCCAGCUGUGCUCACUCCAGCUGGUAUUGAAACAGCACAUUUUAAAUGGCUGGAUGUUGGUUUAUGGAGGAGAAAUAACUAUGGAGGAACUAGGCAUUAAAUCCCUGGGCUGUACAACAGCCAUUUGCCAAUCUCCACCCCCAUUGAGGAAGUUCCCCGUGUGAGGAGCAUCCUGAGAACAUUUAUUGAUCGUUGGGAGUGAAGCUGUGAUGCUGUCUGCGUAGCUCCAGGGUUGUGUUUCACACAUUCAGGGAUUUCACCACUUUCCCCUAAAAGCAAAGAAGCUUCGCUGAUAAUGUUGCAACCUGAUCUUUUUGUUUCCUGGUGUAGAUUUUUGCAUCAUGAGUUAAAACUGCAAAUGAAUUCCUAAAAUUACUUUAGAGACUUGCUGGGAGAUGAAUCGUGGAGAUGAAUCCUUUAACACAUAUGCAAUUUCUGGAUUGUCUUCCUCUUUCGAAUUCUGCUCAACCUCAGCAAAUAUCCCCAACAAAAGUUUCAUUUUCUUUUCAGAGCAAAUGUGAAAGUCCAACGUUGGCGCUUGCUUUGAAUUCCAUGUUUCCUAUUUCAUUCAGACAUGCAAUUCGCAAGUUGCUAUAAUACAGUGCUACGUAGCGUGGAGCAUCUUGUUUCUAGCAGGUGGACGUUGCUUUAAAUUAAAUAGCAGAAGCAUGAGAAUGUAAGUCAGGUUUGUGUAGCAGCCGUUUAUUUACUCAAAGAACGCCCAUCCUGGGAAUGCAUAUGGACCAAGCUGUAAUGAAACCGAGUAGGACUUCCCAGUAAAACUGGUUAACGUCAGUGUUUGAAGCAUUGAAACCAUUCUGUUCUUUAGACACUGCGGGCUGUCCCCGCUGCUUUAGGAAAAUAGUAGGAUUUCAGUAGGACUAAACAGACCAAGGCCAUGGGGAACUGUUUGCAUUCCAAAGAAAUCGCUGUCAGAGCUGUUACAGGGCAGCUCGGUGCAAUGAGCAGUGAGGACUCCUCUCAGCUGCUGGGAGCUCGCUCUUGGCCGGGUGAUCUUGUCAGCACAGCACACACAUUGCUUUACUCUGAUUCCUGUUUCUCUUCCUUCUCCCCCAGCUGCUUUACUACAUAAACUUAGCGAUAGAGAAGGGAAAUUGAGGGGUGGUAACAGAGCCAAAUGACCCGAUAGUGCUGGCAGCCAUCCUGAAAGCUGACAGUGGAAUUCUUAGUGCCUCAACCCUCUCUUGCCAGUGUGGUCAUUCAAGCCUUGAUUCGACUUAAAUGAGCCCCUGCAACCUCUUCUAAAGCGCCUGCUAAUGUAGUAGAACUGAGAGCUCAACUUGUAAAGUGUUUGAACAAAGUCUCUUAUUUAUGAGUGCCACUGAACACCAACCUUCUUGCAUUAAAUGUGUCUGGAUGUAUUGUUUUAUGA